AUGCAUGGUUCUCUUAAUCCUCGGUUCAAGUCCAAGGAGCCUGGUAAGUUAAUAAUCUGCUCCUGGCAUAUCUAUGCCAGCAAGCGCAGAGAAGAUGAGCCUCAGCGAUGUCUUGUGUCUCAGGGACAUCCAAUAAUGCAUCCCCCUCUUUGGCCUCCUGCAUGGAAUUUAGAGGAGGAUGAUAGAGACCUGGUUUCUGGCCACUGGGUUAAUAAGGUCAUAGUGAACAUCUAUGACACUGCAAUUGGAGAUGAAAAUCCUGCCAGGCAAUGGCGGUAUGGUAAACAAUACACACUUCCCUGA